ACCCAGCUGAUGGCAGACGACAAAAGGAGGGAAAUGAUGAAUUCGGACAAUUUAACCUCCCAAAGCUUCCUCUCUGCGAUUCACAGCAACGCAAGCAAUUUAUUCUCAGGGCUCCAGUUUGUUCAGACCUUCAAGCCACUCAUCAUCCCCUGCUACUCGCUAGUGGUUUUUAUUGGUGUCAUCGGGAAUUACCUUCUCAUUUAUGUUAUCUGCAAGACAAAAAAAAUGCACAAUGUCACCAACUUUCUGGUAGGCAAUCUGGCUUUCUCGGACAUGCUCAUGUGUGCAACCUGUGUGCCCUUGACACUCGCCUAUGCCUUCGAGCCUAGAGGAUGGGUGUACGGGCGUUUCAUGUGCUACUUUGUUUUCCUGAUGCAACCUGUCACUGUGUUUGUGUCUGUCUUUACCUUGACUGUCAUAGCUGUGGACAGGUACUAUGCCAUGGUGUAUCCGUUCCGCAGGAGGCUCACAAUCCCUAUUUGUGCUUAUAUCCUGGCUGCUAUUUGGUUGCUGAGCUGUACCUUGGCUGCCCCAGCCUUGGUCCACACUUACCACGCAGAGUUCCCAGAACUGGACUUCUCCAUCUGUGAAGAGUUUUGGUUUCACAUGAAAAGAGAUCGCUUAGCUUACGCCUACAGCACUCUCAUCAUCACCUACAUACUGCCUCUGGCUGUCAUCUCCCUGUCCUACCUGAGAAUCUCAGUCAAGCUGAAAAACCGUGUAGUCCCAGGCAAUGUCACCCAAGGCCAAGCUGAGUGGGACCGGGCAAGGAGGAGGAAGACUUUUCGCUUGCUAGUCUUAGUGGUGGCAGCCUUUGGAGUCUGUUGGCUGCCCCUGCAUAUCUUCAACAUGAUAAAGGACAUAGACAUCAGCUUGAUUGACAAGCAGUACUUCAACUUCAUCCAGCUGCUGUGCCACUGGUUUGCAAUGAUGUCUGCUUGUACCAAUGCCUUCCUCUAUGCCUGGCUCCAUGACAGCUUCAGGGGGGAGCUGAAGAAAAUGUUUGCCUGGAGAAAGAAGAAAAUUGGACCCACUACAAACUGCAUUAUGGCCAGUGUGGUGCUGUAAACGAGAGCUUUUGGGACCGC